AUGCACAUCCCACCACCGCCCUCCCCCAGCGACCUCCUCCCACCCCUCCUAGCAUGUCUACCCACAGCGUUCAUGUCACCCCAGCCUCCGCCCGCCUUACUUCCUCUCCUCUCGCCCAUCCUCCGCCAACGCAUCCAGUACAUGAACCCCGAGCCCAGCACCAACAACCGUGGUGAGACGUGGCUGCCAUUACUACAAUGGGAUCGCGGGCUAGCGGCCAAGCUUCCCGACGUAGUGGAGAGGAUCCAGCCCGAACCUCAUCCUGUUUCAGGCGAGCUGGAGAUAGACGAGCUGCGACCAGCAAAGUACAGACGGUUGGACGAGGAGACAUUGCAGGCACGGCUGGAAGUGGAGCAAUAUGAGAUUCUACCGAUAUAUGUCUGGUGUGAGAAUGAUGAGCAUGGACAAACAGGACCAGGGUGGAAACUCGCCGAGCUGAGAAGUCUGGAGGAUGUGGAAGACGGCACAAUCUGGUCGGAGAGCAUACUCCAAGCCAACGACGCGGCAGAAAGAGAAACCAACACGCACUCCCUACCCGUCCCUCAUUACACCAACGGCAAUGGUCACGCGACCUACUCCCACCAACCUCCUACUACAGACGAAGAAGAAGAAGAAGCAUACGACGACGGCAGCUACUGGGCCGCCUACGACGCGACACCCGGCCGAACCCCAGCCAAAGGACCCUCCCCCGCCCCACCACAGCAUCAGGACCAAGCGAACAACAGCAAUACUUCCCGCCAACGCACCCAGUCAGAACAAGACUACUAUAACCGCUACGGCGCCGAAGUGGAACCCGCGCUCGACGGCCACGAUCCAGAUGAGGAGGUACCGGCUGAGGUGGCGGUGGGGGGGAGUACGUUGAAUGGCGGGAGGUUGCCGAAUAACACUUCUUCUUCUGGGUUGGGAGGGGAGAGGGGGAUGGGGCAGCCACCGGGGAGGGUGGAGACGGCGAGUCGACCGCAGCAACGCUCGCUCUUCCCUGCCGACGCAGAUGCAGAGCGUCCUCAUGAUUCGGCUGUCUCGACCUCCUUAGCACAAUCCCAAGCCCUGCUCAACGGGCCCUCCGAGCUCCCCCAACCCCGGGCCAUCAGUCCCACGACCUCCCACACCAGCAGCGUCGAUCGGCUGGAAGAAGCGGCCGCCGCGAUGGAUACCUCGCAUCACAACGCAGGGAAUGGCAGUGGUGGUGAUGGAGGGGACGAUAGAGCUCUACGCGGGAUUAAAAUGCACAUCGCGACUGACAUUAAGAGUUUAUUUCGACUUGCGAGGAGUGCGGGGAUGGAAAGGAGGGAGUUUGAGGAGGUGGUGGGGAGGGAGUUGAGUGUACUUGGCAUGCUCGAGGGGGAUGAUUGA